UUUACGCUCGCUAACACAAGUCAUGUGACGCAACGCGGAAGUUGUCACGUCUUCUAAAACAAAACUUGACUGUUUAAAUUUUAUUAGUGAGUAUUUAGUUUAAAAUAUAAUAUUUAGGAAUGUCGUUUUCCCACGAAAAGGACACCAGCUUUCUGGGUGCUAGAAUACCACCUGAAAUCGAGUCGAUGUCAAAUGGCUUGAAGGAUGUGGAGCAAGAGAUGUUCAGAAAAUUACUGAAAGUUGUGGUGAAUGCCCUGGAGGGAAAGGACUGCAGAGACACGAUGAAGUCAAUAGCAGACAACAGUGGCCUUCCACAGGAGAAGCUCAGUCACAUUGUAGCUGGAAUGUACAGAUUGUUGUCUGAGGCUAUUCGUAUACCGCAGUCAUUACUUAAACAAGAGGCCUUUAAAGAAGAUCUUCGAGAACUGAGGAUAGCAGAAGACUUCAUCACAGAUUUCUGCAGUGUGGUGUUUGGAAAUCGCCGUGCAGCUCUAGAAACAGCAACUUCUCAGAGGGAUCCCCACCUGCCUACAAUCGACGAAUUUAAGUGGAGAGUGGAUGUGGCCAUUUCUACAAGCUCGUUGGCCAGAGCACUGCAGCCGUCUGUCUUGAUGCGGAUGAAAAUGUCAGAUGGAAAUUUUCAUCAAUUUGAGGUGCCACCUGCUAAAUUCCAGGAGUUGCGCUACAAUGUGGCUCUGAUCCUCAAAGAGAUGAAUGAUCUGGAGAAGAAGAGCAUUCUCAGGAUCCAAGACUGAAAAACAUUCCAUUAUCAAUGAAAACAUUGAUAGUAAUAAGAAAAGAAAAUCUUAUUUCUGUUUUUAGUUUAAAAAAAUUAUCGAGCAGUAUUUUUAUACAUUACCCUUUCAUACUGUACAAACACAUACCAGCCACAGCAUUAGGUACACCUACAGAAUCCAAUAAGGUACAAUUAAACAAAUGUAAGGAGUA